GGAAAUGUAAAUUCAUGUUCAGUUUAUAUUAAAACGUCACAACACCAUAAUGUUGCUGCUCUCAAUUUUUCUAAGUUUUCUUCCGCUUUUUCUGGCCUCGGAAUAUUCUUCAUGUAUCAAAUAUGAAACCUACAUAACUACAAUUUACAAAAUGGCACCAUUGGAUUUUUCAGAUUCAUGGUUUAGCAAUAGUUUUCGUUUUUCACCAAAGAAAAUGACCAAGGUCAGUUUGCGUCCAAGACGUAUCCCUGGUUGUUGUGAUUCAGGUUAUCAAUUCAAAGGUUGGCCAAGUUUUAGCUGUCAGCCAAUUUGUUAUGUUGGAUGUCCAUUGAAUGCAUUCUGUUCGGAACCUAAUCAAUGUCAAUGUAAUAUUGGAUAUUAUAAAAGUGCCGAUGGCUCACAAUGCAUAUCAUUGGAGACUUUAUUUUCGGAGAAAUAUAUCAAAACUACAACUGAUUUAGUAAUAGAGACAACGAGUCCGAAAAUUCCGUGCGAUGGAUCUUGUUUAAGCAAUGAAGUUUGUUCGGAUGACGUUUGUGUCUGUCAAAAUGGUUAUCAUCGUUUAAAUGAUCGAUGUGUUCCGAAAUGUGACAACGGCUGUCAAAAUGCUGAUUGUACUUUACCAAACAACUGCACCUGUUGGCCAGAAUAUGAACAAACAAAUGUCACCUCCUGUCAUCUGAAGUGCACCGAACUGUCAUGUACAUUUGGAACUUGCAAUGCCAAUGGUAUUUGUAUAUGUGCUGAAGGAUUUAUCAACAACGGUAGCAAUUGUGUUUGGGCUGCAGAUGAUGUCUUCUCUGAGGCAGAUGAUUGUGAUUGUUGGUCAAAGUUUAUGUGGCAAACAAAUGUGACAGAAAACCGCUGUAUACAUUCUUGUGAGGAUUCUAGAGAAUUGACAGCUGAUUGUAUACCUGUUCAUGAUUGUGAGUUUUAUGAAGGAUAUACAAUCUGUCAAAAGCAAAUGUACAAAUGUAUCGAUACACCGUCAACAUUGCCAUCGUUAUCAUCGACUACAACAACUACAGUGAUUCGCUACAUGUCUGAUAAAGUCACAAAGAACGACAAGAGAAGUGAAACAUCGUCAACGCAAAUGACAUUUGUAAUUGUGGGUUUUCUUGCAUUGAUUCUAGUUACGGGCUUGAUUUCAUUGAUGUGGAAAAUACGACGUAAUAAUUGGAUAAAUCAACUUUGGAACUAUAACACAAUGGAAUCAGAAACAAUUCAUCAAGAAGAACAAAUUUAGAUAUUUUUGUUUUGUUUAUCAGUGUUUUUUUAAUAAUAAUAAAAUGGGUUUUUUCUGACCAAUUUUUUAUCUUAAU